GUCAUUCCCCUGGAAAUAAGGACUCAAGCUCCCAGAGCAAGGACCACGGCUGAGGGCUACACACAGGUGUGGACAGGAUGCAGGCCAACUCCUCUCUUCCCGCGAACGCAUCUGCAGGGGUGCAGGGCGCAUCCGAGGGCUACGUCGUCCUGAAUGUCAUCUCUUAUCUGGUACUCGGGGUCACCUUUGUCCUCGGCGUGCUCGGCAACGGGCUGGUCAUCUGGGUGGCCGGCUUCCGGAUGACCCGCACGGUCACCACCAUCAGCUACCUGAACCUGGCCCUGGCCGACUUCUGUUUCACUUCCACUCUGCCCUUCCUCAUAGUCUCCAAGGCCAUGGGGGGACACUGGCCCUUUGGCUGGUUCCUCUGCAAGCUAAUUUUUACUAUCGUGGACAUUAACCUGUUCGGGAGCGUCUUCCUGAUCGCCCUCAUCGCUCUGGACCGCUGCAUCUGUGUCCUGCACCCGGUCUGGGCCCAGAACCACCGCACCGUGAGUCUGGCCAAGAGGGUGAUCCUGGGGCCCUGGCUCUGUGCCCUGCUCCUCACCUUGCCAGUCAUCAUCCGCGUGACGACAGUGACGAAUGUGCGUGGGACUGGGAAAACAGCCUGCACUUUCGACUUCUCUCCCUGGACCCAAGACCCUGCAGAGAAGAUGAGAGUGGCCAUCACCAUGCUGACGGUCCGCGGGAUCAUCCGGUUCAUCAUCGGCUUCAGCAUGCCCAUGUCCAUCGUUGGCAUCUGCUACGGCCUCAUCGCCAAGAAAAUGCACAGACAAGGCCUGAUCAGAUCCAGCCGCCCUUUGCGGGUCCUGUCUUUUGUCGUAGCUGCUUUUCUUCUCUGCUGGUGCCCGUAUCAGGUUGUGGCCCUCGUAGCCACCAUCAGAAUCCUCGACCUCUUGACAGGUCUGGCCAGUGAUCUGAGAUUAGCCAUCGACGUGACCAGCUCGCUGGCCUUCCUCAACAGCUGCCUCAACCCCAUGCUCUACGUCUUCAUGGGCCAGGACUUCCGGGACAGGCUGAUCCGCUCCCUGCCGGCCAGUCUGGAGAGGGCCCUGACCGAGGACUCGGCCCAGCCCAGUGACACAGCCACCAACUCUUCCUCGCUCCCUGCAGAGGUUGAGUUACAGCCAAAGUGAGGGGGGGUGGUUUGGGGUCACCUGGGAGCUCCAGUCCCAGCUUCCUCUCUCCUCAAGUGACACUGUCCCCCAGCUGUGGGCUGCCCAUCUCAUGCCCCUUGAUUUGGGGAGAGGGAAAAGAUAUGAGGUUACUACUGAUGUCUUUUUUUUUUUUUCUUUUUUGCCUGCUUGGUCAGAGGUGAGAAGAGAAAUCAUGCAUCCUCAUUAACCCAAAAGGGUCCCAGUUGAUACCCAUUACCCUAACGUUGUUAAUAAUGUCCACUUCAUUUCUCAAAAGUGUCCUGCUGUGGACCAUCAACUGCAGGGUCACCUUAGGAAAUGAAGGAGGAGGGAGAGGUAGGGCUUAAAUCAGACAAAAAAAAUUUACAAGGUACUUUGUAAGAGGCCUCAGGCCAAAAAGUAAAUGCACUGUGGAGCUGUGAGAUGUCAGCUGAAGCCCUUGAAGGUCCCGGUAAGAUUGCCUAAUUCCUCCUGCGGUAAAGGCUGGGGAAACCCAUCGUCCUCCCCACGGGGCGGGCCUCGGGGCGCCAACGCUGGCUUCAGUGAAGGAUGAGUCCAGUUCACAGAGUAUCCGGUGCCUGUUCCCCUUGCUCUGAGCUUGGCUCACCCAGAGUGGAACCCAGGAAGUUGCAUGAGAUCCCCCAAUGGGGAACACGCUUUCGAGAAGUUUGGUAAUGUGGGCUCUGGGCCGGUCAGCCGCAGAGCAAGGUGAGAGUGUCCAGCUGAACUUCAGACACCCUCGGAGCCCAUCCUCCCUCCCAGCUCCUCCUUCAAGAUUUCUGCUUUUCUUUUCCUUUUUUUUUUUUCCCCAAUUCAGAGCUCUCUACUCCUCACCCCUGGUCUCUGCCUUCCUGACCCCCCCCACUGCAUCGUCCCAACCCAAGCCAAUUAUCAGUGACGGCAUCCUUUCUGAGAGGAUGAGGGAGUCACUUAAACACCACGCACUGAG